CCGAAGCAGACGGAUCGUUCUCAUGGGUCUUUGUUCGUAACAGUAGUAGAUUAGAACCAUGCGAUCACCAUUGGUUUGUAUUACUUAUUUCCUUUUGGGAAUGGACAUUAUAGCGGCUUUAUUUAAUUCUAGUUUAAGUGCGAAUGAGACUUUACUUAAUGAAACCUCGAGUUUUGAAUCGAGUUUAAAUAUCACAACGGAUGCCAUAACAUCUACUACGACUGUGGAUUUUAAUGUAACUCUAGUUCCGACGGAAGAGAUUAAUGCGACAACAACAGUAUCUUCACUCUCAACUCAACGUACAAAUACGUCUUCAAUGCGCGAAGAAAAACAAUUAGACUUAAACCGUGCUUCUUGUUUGUGUGACUUGGGAAAAAGUUACGAAGAAUCGUGCCCAGGUGAAAGAAAAGUAAAAGAUAUCUCAUGUUCAUGUCGUCUUGUUUGUGCAAGGCAAAAUGGUCAAGCAUGUAAGGCGGACCAAAUUUGCGACGAGGAGUUCGGUUUGCGAUGCGAUCCAGAUACUUUAACGUGUCAAGGUCCCUUAAUGAUACAAAGGACAGAAGCUACUCACAACUCAUUGUCUAUUAGAUGGAGAAAUUCAAAAAAUGCUACAGUUUCUUACUCAAACAACUACAAGGGCAAUGAGACCAUCUGGUUAGAUGUUGAAUCAUCCGAAGGAACUGCUAAAUUAAUGAAUCUUCGGCCUAAUACCGAGUAUUUUGUGAAAGUGGAAGGAGUCGAUGGACGUGAAAUUGCUCUAAUUAAAACGAAAGACGGUUGCAGCAUCAACGAUACUUCUUACGUAGGUCUUGGUGAAGUAUUCCACGUGGGAUGUGAUCAAACGUGCACGUGCAUGCAGAAUGGCAAAACGGAAUGUCGGGAACGAUGCAACUUCCGUCCAGGCACUAUCAGUGAUCCAUCAUGUGAAGAAUUACCAGACGAGACCGAUCGAUGUUGCGUCGUCUAUCAUUGUAAAGAUACUCCUUUGCCAACGCCACCGAAAUUAUUGGUUCCGAAAAAAACUCCCGAUUCAUUAACUCUGGCUUGGGAUGAUUUUAAACUGCCCGAUUAUGAAUCCGGAUAUGUUGUCCAGUAUCGUCGAAGAGAAGAUCAAAAUUGGACUCAAAUUCAAAUAGGAAAUACACCGUUAAUGACUAUCAAUAAUUUGAAACCGUACACAGCUUAUGAAAUUAGAGUUUUGGUUUGGGAAGACUCAGAGGCCAAGAAACUCGGUUCCUCGUCGGAAAUUGUCACGAUAUUCACCGAAGAUGGUUGCGAAUACGAUAAUUCUACUUACGGAGUUUCCAAGGAAUUUACAGUCGGUUGUGAGUUAAAGUGUAUUUGCAAAGGAAGUAAUAAAACAGAAUGUAGAAGUAGAUGUUUGCAUCCUUAUACUAAAUCAGGAAAUUCAAGGCCCGAGUGCAUCGAAGUUACAAUUCCGGACGACCCUUGUUGCGUUUCACUAAAUUGUACCGAUAAAGAAAUACAUGACGUCACUAACAAAGGUAAGAGUUAUGCGGACAAGAUCGGUGAAUGCCCGAACGACUAUUUAAUAAAUAAUUGUACGAGUCAAUGCGAACACGAUCACGAAUGCCAAGGUAAUGAAAAAUGCUGCAAAACAUCAUGCGGAGGUUCCGUCUGUCUGGAACCACUCAGUUUACGAAAUGUUUGUGGCAAUACUGUUUGUGGACCAAAUGCUUUCUGUAUACCCGAUCCACAACUUGCAAGAUGUGAAUGUGAAUCCGGAUUUAGUGGAAAUCCAAACGACUUACACAUUGGAUGUGUAGAAGCUACCGAAUCGUAUACAUGCAUUUAUAAGAACGUUACCUAUCGUCUCGGAGAAGAAUUUGAAGAUGGAUGCGAUAAGAAGUGCCGAUGUGACGACGAUCUUAAAAUUAAAUGCCAAUCUCAAGUUUGCAAUAUGAGCGAUGGAAAAGUAGAAGGUCGAAAGUUGCCCGAAAUGGAACAGUCUGUGGUGACAGAUUUUGUUAUGACUUCAGACUCCACGACGACAGCCAACGAACAUAUUACGGAUCAUCCUAUGACGGAUAAAGUUACAGAAAAUUUUGUGACAGUUGACUAUUCCACAACGACAGAAAAAAAAGUUGAUCUUAUUAGUAUGGAUGUUAAAACUACGGAACAGCCAACAACCGAAAGAAAUGAAAUGAUGGAAAAUUCUACAGACAAUUUAAUGAUGAGCAACAACUCGAACGACUCGCUUAUGAAGAUAAAUAAAGUAUCAAAUCACACGGAAAUGAUGUAUGAAACGACCACUUAUCCCGUAAUGCAUGAGAUGACUGAAUUCACAAAGACAGAAUAUUCAGAUAUGAUAAAUACGACAGAAGAAAGUAUGUUUAAAAUGACUGAGUAUCAUUCAAUGACUGAGAAGAUAACGGAAAAUUCUAUGACUACAGAAGAAAUGACCGAGCAUCCUUUAAUAACUCAGACAGACAGCAAUUUAAUGGCAGUAAAUGCAACCGAUCAUAAAAGUAUGGAUCAGCCUGUCACGAAUCCAUCUUCCACGGAAAAUAUUCCAAUUUCAAUACAACAAACCACGACACAGUUGAUAGAAUCCACAACAGAUUAUCCAAUGUUGGCUGAUCAACCCGUAAAAGGACAUCGUGGACUUAUAAACACAAUAGGAACAGAUUCGCCAACAACUGAAAUGACAAUAAACGAUAAUACACAUAAUUCAACUAAAAUGAUGCAUAAAGAGGGUCCUACUAGAGUUAAGGGAUGUGACUUUAGAGGAAAGAUUUAUGAGUUGGGUCAAGAGUUUUUUGAUGGAUGCGAAGCUAAAUGUCUUUGUGAUGGAAAUGGUCAUAUGUCUUGCGUGCCACGUUGUCCUUUAAUCAAUACAAUCGGUGACAAAUGCCGACAAGUGGUGGACCCUAAUGAUAACUGUUGCAAGAUCGUCAUGUGCGAUCCACCUGGAGAUACCGAUACAGUAUCUACCGUAAAUGAUUUAAAAAUUAGAAUAAACGAUAUACAAGCACUAAACGCUACUUCUGUUAUGUUGAGAAUUUCUUCUCUCAACGACACAAACCAUUUGUUUCAAAUAUGGUAUGCUCCAACUUCAAAUGGAAGUGAGGACGGUGUUACGUGGUGGACAAAAAUCAAGCUGUCAAAAAACCAAACAAAACAAGUGCAAGAUGGAGUAUAUGAAAUAUCUGUUCAUGGAUUGAAACCUGAUACUGAAUACUAUUUCAAAAUGAAAGAUGUAGGAAGUGAAAAGGACGCAUUUAGCAAUGUAGUUAGCGUAAAAACAUUUGUUUCCGCUGUCAAAACGACUUUCAAAGGCUGUUUUCAUCAUAAUAAAACUUACGAAAGUGGAGAAGUCUUCUUUGAUGGUUGCGAAUAUAAAUGCAUUUGCCACGAGAAUGGACAGAUCCAAUGUCGUGAAAGGUGCGAAGUGUACAUAGAUCCUGUGGGAUUUGAAAACUGUCGAUGGGGUCCCGCUCCUGAUGACUCUUGUUGUACCAUUCCGUUUUGUGAAGAAAAAACAAAUCAAACGAUCCACGAGGGUGAAAGCUCGGUUUGUGUGGUUGAAGGCGAUCGUUCGUAUCAAGUAGGAGAAAAAUGGGAAGAAGGAUGCACCAGGAAAUUAUGUAGUUGUCUUCUCCUACCAAACGGUACAACUCACAUAGAAUGCAGCGGAGGAUGCGCUCCAAUUCCUGUCAGUGCACAAUAUCCUAGUCCAGAAUGUCCUCAACCGUUUUUAGUGACUCCCGAAGAUCCUUGUAUUUGUCCAUAUAUCGUUUGUAAUAACGCAGUUAGUCCUCUGAAUGUUCCAGUUCCUAUGUGUCAAUACAAAGGCCGACAAUAUCAACUGGAUGAAGAAUUUUACGAUGAUUGUCGCGCCGUUUGUCAUUGCGGAAGAGACCUUCAAGUCACUUGCGCUGUGAUUGAAUGCCCACAGCACUUUUCUCCUCACGUCAGUGAAUGUUUAGAGUGGGAUGCAGAUCCAUCAUUCGUUCCGACACCACCUCAAUGUUGUCCGAGACCGAGAUGUAAAAACGGUAAAGAUGGAUCGUGUUUAAUGAAUGGAAUUCGUUUCUCGAAUUUCCAACCUAUACCCAAUCAGUUUUUGGAUUGUGGAACGCAUUGUGUUUGCGUCCACGGUAAUGUUACUUGCGAAAAUCGAUGCCCACAUCUAAGUCAGCUUCCUCCUCCAAAUCUUCCCUGUCCACCUAGUCUUGCCUUUCAAGGCCGUUUGCCAGGAGACGAUUGUUGUUUACAUUGGAUGUGUCGCGAUCAGGAAAGAAAAACACAUCACUGCAUCUAUCACGGUAGAAGUUAUCAGCCCGACGAACAAUGGGAUGUAAGAAAAGGAGGUUUGAGAAGAAGAUGCACCUGCAAGAUAUCCGAUGGGCAAGCAGAAGUAGUAUGUACGGGAGGUUGUCCGUCCAUCCCCGAUCAUUAUCAGAUUCCAACUCCACAAUGCCAAAGACCAGUUCUGGUACGACCGGAGGAUCCCGUCAUGUGUCCUUACGUGGUCUGCAACAACGCUGCUUCAGCUAAAGAACUGCAAAAUGUCAGCAUCGUCGCUCUCAACUCAACCAGUAUUCGAGUUCGAUUUACUUUACCUUCUUUAUUAGUAGGCUUGGUGGGACAUGCAGAAUUGCAUUUUACUUCCGAUCGAAAUAUACCACGCAGUGCCUGGCAUGUUCAGAAAUUCGCCAGACCUAAACGUCUGUUUGAUACUCCUAAUAUCGAAUAUCACAUGUCCGGUCUUAGACCGGAUACUUUAUAUUUCUUCCAGGUGCGAAUCGUGAUCUCUGCACUCCAAGGAGGACUGGAGAGCGAUACUUAUAAAUUAAGAAUGCCUCCAAUUGCUACUACCACUGUUAUGACUACUACACCUUCUACCAUACCAACAACAGCAACAACAACAGCAACAACAACUUCAUCUACUACAACUAGUACUACCACAACUACUAUGAGUACUACAAGUACAACAGAAGCUACAACAACUUCAUCUCCAACUACUACUACGACAACUACUACCACUACCACUACCACUUUACCACCUAUGAUAAUGUUAGAUGCAAUGAUAUCUAUUCAAAUGCUAGAUCCCAAGACAGCCAAAGUGUCUUGGAGACCGUUCGAGCCUCAAGAGAAAAGAUUUGUCGAUGGCUAUCGAAUCAAAUAUAAGGAAAAAGGAAAUAACGAUGAUCAAUGGAAAGUAACUCCAAUGAUACACCGCGAUGUUACAUCCUAUGUCUUAAGGGAUUUGGAGCCAAGUGCAUCUUAUAUGGUAGAUCUAGUUUUUAUUACUCAUGAAGGAUUACCAACUCACUUAGUGUCAAGUUCGGCUGUGGAAAUGCGAAUGCCAGAAGAACCUAAAGAUAAUUACGACUUUCAAGUUCUCUUAAGGCAGGAUAAAGUAGGUCCUAAUUCAUUAGAGGUGACAUUAUCUGGCGUUCCUGAACCAAUCACCAAAUAUGUUCACGUGAUUAGGAUAAGUUAUAAGUCAGAUAAUGAAGAAGAACACCAAAACAUAUUCAACGUACCAAAAACUCAAAAAGUUAAACUAGAAGGUCUCAAAUCAGGAAGAAGGUAUAAAGCUUGGAUGGAUAUUUAUUUAACUAACGGCAAAUCACUAUCAUCUAAUAUUAUUGAUUUUAUGACUAAGCCUGCCCCUCCAGAAUCACGUGCAAAGCAAGAGUUAUCAAAACACGAAGAAAAGAAUGCCGAAGCUCUUCACAGUAGCAUGAGUGAAGACGAAAAUAAAGCGUAUUACAUUGCACUGAUUGUAGUAGCCAUUGUUGCAGCAGUAGCGGGAUUAGGAUUCGUCGUAUUGUUAAUUAUAUUACUAAAAAAACAGUCGACUGCAAAAGCCCCGAUUACUAGAAAUUCUUCCGAAUCAGCUUACGAUAAUCCUACUUAUAAAACGUAUGACGGAGAAAGGUAUGAGGAAAAGAACUCUGCUUAGCCUUGAAGCGCGUGAGUCGAUGCCAAGUCUGCGAUUUCGCACAUCGACUUGGAAUCUGUAAAUAGUAAAUACCUAGAACGCAUGCGUCCGAUGGUUUUAUCAACAAGAUCGCAGAUUGAUGGACCUCAGAAGGGACAAUAUAAAAUAGCCCAUACAAAUGUGCCUUAAUCGGAGAGAUCAUUCUGAAGUUAUUAUUCGUACGCGUUUCCAGUGAACGUGCUGACGUUUGAGUUUGUCUUCGUCACGUUUUAAUUUAUAACUAGUGGCAUAACUCGGUGUUGCCUCUAGUGGUAGUUGUUCGAAUUAGUCAGUUUUUCUAUCAUAAUCCUAACUAUAUAAUUUCAUGUACUGUACUUCUACACAAUAACUGCUCUGUUUGAGAACGGACUAUGAGAUGUAUAAAGAUAACUAUAUUAAAAAAUAAAUAAUUAACUAUAA